GUAACAUCUUGUUUUUGGCAAAACACUCUCAGAGAUGUGAAACCUGCGCGUACCAUAGAAAUGUUACACAUAUGACAUUAAGAACACAUACCACUUGGCAUUUUACCGAAAUCCAGGGAGGGAUUGCAGUAUAAUCACACUUUCCCAAUGAUUGUUGGCAGCCCAGUGGUGUCAAAGCAAUAAUUUUUUAACUCGCGUCAAGCUCAGAACGCGAAAUAAAAAGAGCGUGUCACAAACGCGAAGGCGGACCCCAACAACGAUACCAGUAGCAAUGCCAAACUACUCUAUGGAGGAUGAUUUCCUCAAGCUUGCAAGGCCGUGGUUUGCAAAAUACGAACAGGAAAUCAGCAAGAUUCUUGAUGAGAAUGUCAGACUCAAAGCCGAGAAUACGGAGAUGAAAGAAACGUUGGCAAUGUUUAAAGAAGAAAAUACGCGGCUACGAAAGGAAACCCCAGGAGACGUAUUUCAAGACCCAAAAACCCCUUUAGCAGCGAUACAGUCAAGGAUAUAUAAGGGAGAACCUCCGUUGCCCGGCGUUCUCAAGCAAUCAGCUAGUCUGGUUAUCAUACCAUUGCCCGCUCUACCAUCAAAUCUGCGUGAACCCCCACCAUCCACCUCCCAGCACAUGUCACUCGCGAGGGCUCACAGGGUGAUAAGCCCAAAGAACGAAACAGACUUUACACUUCAUUCAGAUGAUGCUCUCACGCAGAUCAGUGAGAACGAAGAAAGCUUGAAGGAAGGGCAUGUUGGGUUGUUUCAUGAGUCCGCGCUGAGCCCCAAAUUACCUUUCUUUCCCUCCAGUAUCAACCUCGCAGGGCACGAACAUCAUUCGUCGGAGUACGAUAUUGCCACCCAGUACAGCUCUGACGUAGAGGCUUCUGCAGCUGAAACAGAGAUCCAUGAUGAACUACAGGUAAAACAUGAAUCACAAUCGCAGCUUCUAUUUAUAAAACCCGAGCCCGAUUCUCAACUCCUCUUUUCUUCCAAGAGAAAAUUAUCUGACAGCCUUCUGAUCGAAGAUUCUCAGAUGGGGUUUGCGCCACUUCCCCUCCCAAAGAAAGCUACGCAACGCGACCGAGAAGCGGAAAAUAUCCGUCUCGUGGAAACGAAAUGCACUCUAGGGGAUGAUGUGGACCUCACGACAAACCCUGUUGCGCUUCGCGAGUGGAUCCUUGAGGACUUCAGGGUAAAUCCAGAUGAAAACCACAACGUCAGUCACGCAUUCCAAUUUGUGUUGCGGGGCAAUGCCAAAAAGCAGUGCGCCCACGGGACCGAUUGCACCAGCUGUGAGCAUUUCUACAAGGUGGCCGGGGACGGACUCCAGAUGAACGGGCCUCGGUGGGACGCCCCUGAAGAAAAGGGGCGCUACGGACCGGCAGACAUUGUGCGAAACACAUCCAGGCACCAGGACCGCUGGCGCCGACCCGUGUCGCCGCCAGGUUUCAACGACGCAGAUUUCGCCAGCACCCAGCAGUACGCCCAGAACAACGCAGAAAGUUUGCGCUUGCUCAAGCAGCGGACGAACGAACGGUUGGUGCAAGCAAUAAACAAGGGGCAGUAUAUCUUCCGGCAGGAGGUUUUGAACCGCGUGGUGGACAGUCAAAACUUUGUGUGUGACAUAGUGCGGUACAGAAAGGUAGUUUGACAGAUUUUUUUAGGCGACAACGGUGGCAGAAUUUGCCAUUGAUUAUGUUUGGCUCCCAAGGGUUUACAAGUACGGUAGAUUUUUGAAUGAGGGGUUGUUUCAGGUUUCGGCUAGUUGUGUUCUCUAUAGUUCGUAGUGUGUAUGUUAUUAAACGUCUUGGAGAGCCGAUGUUAUUCAAGGGAUUAAUUCCUCAAACGUUCCUAUUAUUUAAGUGUGCUAUUGUAUUGUUGCUCUAAGCCAGUAUGUUUAGCUACCCCU